UGUGUGCAUUCCCUUCUGUUCGUGUAUACACGUAGAUUCUAUCCCAUCAAAUUCAUCACGUCCAUCGGAUUCUUCAUUACAUUCCCUGUAAUUACUGUUAAAAAUGAGCAGCUUUUCCAACAUCAUCUUCAUUUAUAUAGGGCUCUUCCCAAGCGCAUAAAAAAAAUAUUAUAAAAUUAUACGACGAGGAUCACAUAACCCGAGACCCUUGAGAGUAAUAUCGGAUCGCAUAGAGGGCCGAGGGCGAGGCUUAACAUGCAUGGCAAGCUCAAGCCACAUGUUGGUUUAAAAAUAUUUCCAAUAAAACCACAGCAGAAGUGAAAAAGGGACAGGAAAUGUGUCGCUUGUAGAUUCUGUGCAGUCAGAGCCAUAUCUCCUCAUGCUUCAGCACCAGCUGCUUCACAUUUCACACCUUGCUUCACGCAACAACAUCUGCCUGGUGAUCUCAAAGCGGACGCAAACAACCGUCAAAAAUUUACAGAUUCCAAAAUGUACCAUUUUGUGUGCUUCAUUCUGCUUGUGAGUCUGGAAGGACUAAGAGCUCAGGAAAAUGGAACUGCCAGCGUAGCAUCUACAAACCCCUUGAUAAACAGUUCCACAACAGAUGCUGUGACCAGUUUAUACAUAACAUCCAAUAGCGUUACUCACAAAAAUCCAACUGCAAGGAAGUCCAGUACCAUCAGUACUAGCAAGCAAACGGCAGUUCAGUCUACAUCCAGUGACCAAACAGGCUUCCUGUUCAAUCUCGCGGACAUGCCGAAAUUGACACUAUUGUUGAUCAUUGUAUCGCUCGUACUACUCUGCCUUUUUUUGCUGGUGAUCAUUAUGUGCCUGGCCUGCGGAUGCUGCCGACGCGGAAGUAACAGCAAGAUGGUCGUGACGAAAUCGUCCGCGACCAUCCGGCGAAACAGUGCAAAUGGUGGGCCUUCUGAAACCGAUAUACUGUUGAAGGACAGCAACUCGGUGAAAGUGGAGAUCGAGACAACUCCAGACGAGCCACAGGAGCCGGAGGAGCUGGGAGGAGCAGCAGCCGAAGUCGGAAACCAGGUCUCCACCGAAGAGAACAAAAAUUCAGCCAAUGACACCAGUGAGACCGCGCCCACCCAAGAAGGCGAUCGGUCCGACGAAACAGAUCCGAAGACGGAAGACUUGGAAAAGGAAAAGGAAAAGGCGGAAUAGGGAUCGUGCUAGUAUCGCCAAAACGACACGCGCGGCUCCGACUGCCGGUGGGAUCGAGUUCAAAGCCAAAUUCUGUGUAUGCGUGCAGUUUCGCUUUUGUGCCGAAUUUAGAAAUGACUUUAAAAAUAACGUACUGCUUAUGUUAAAGUGAUAAAUGGUGCAAAAACCAAAUCACUGUUGGAAAUUCCAAGUUCUACUGUGAGUUGUAAUGUAUAGAGUUGAAUCUUUGAACUGUGGCAAGUUCACUGAAAAUGUAUAUUUACACAAUAAUGUAAUUUUCGGGUUUCUUUUUUUUUUUUUUCCUCCAUAUGUUGCUUAGUUGUCUAGUCUCUUUUUAAUCUGAUCCUGUAACCUGGCUAAACAUGAUGAUAUGUUUUUUAUAUAUAUAUAUAUAUAUAUAUAUAUAUAUAUAUAUAUAUAUAUAUAUAUAUAUAUAUACACACACACACACACAUGUUAUCUACUGUAUGAUGAAGCAAGUUGCAUUAAAAGGCUCUAAUGCAGAGAUGUCACACCAAAUUAGCACAAUGUCUCUGGAUUACAGGUGGCUAGAUCCGUCAAGAUACAGUGUCAGGAGUACGCACUCCUCCGUGUCCAGUUCUAUUCUGUUUUCUUUCUGCUUUUCAAGGGCUCUGACUGUACUGCAAUGAGUUAACCUUUUCGUUGUGAUGUGCAUUAGCAAUGCUAAUAAAACUAAAACAACCUCA